AUGCCUGGAGACCCUUCAGCACCACGACGUUCGACCUCAGCCAGUCCAUCAAACAUCCCAAAAUGGAGCUUCGGCGUUCUCAACGACACAAAGACAGACAAAGUCCCGGGCACCGUCGUCUUGCUGGCCAAGACGAACGAGCCGCUCGGCGUUCGGCGGCAAUCUGGAGAUCAACGGCCUUCGACUAUGCCGUCGCAAGGUUUUGAACCAAUGCCCAUUGAAGAAGCCGACGUGCCCGAAAAGAAGCGUACUCCCAGCGGAAAAGUCAUACUUGAACCACAACCACACGAUUCUCCAAAUGAUCCUUUGAACUGGUCGUCAUGGCGAAGAGAUGCUGCUCUCUUGUCUUUGGGCUUCUACUGUGCUGUUGCUGGCGGCAUCACGCCGAUACUCGCUGCUGGAUUCAAGAAGGUGGCGGAAACCUACCACGUCACAUUCGAGCAGGUGGCCUUAACGACGGGCCUCUACAUGAUGGGUCUCGGCGUCGGAGGUCUGUUCAUGUCGCCCACAGCCAUACUGUACGGCAAAAGACCAGUCUAUCUUAUCUCGUCCGUGGCGUGCAUCGGCACCUCGAUUUGGUGUGCCUUCUCACCAAGCUAUGGCAGUCUAGUGGCUGCGAGGGUCUUCCAAGGCAUUUCCGUCAGCCCGGUCGAGUGUCUGCCCUCUGCAACCAUUGCUGAGAUCUUCUUUCUCCACGAACGAGCAUACCGGAUCGGGAUUUACGGCCUGCUAUUGCUCGGGGGCAAGAAUAUCAUGCCCUUGAUCUCGGCUGUCAUUAUUCAAGCUUCAAACUGGAGAUGGGUGUUCAAGACCAUUGCCAUUGUGGUAGCCUUUUGUUCUGUCAUGCUCUUCUUUUUCGUACCAGAGACUUUCUGGGACCGGACUCCUCGACCGGCUUCACAUACUCAGACAUCACUGUUGCAGCGAUGGACAUCUUUUGCGUCUACUGGAUCAUGGGGCAAUCGGGACCAUGGUCGAGGGCGUCAGUCAAUGGCGGCGGUCGUCGAGUCCGAUGAGAAAGACCCCGAAGCUGGCCACGCGGCCUCCGACGAAGACCAAGUCCUGAGAGACAGAUCGCAAUCCCCUCAUCUGCACGUCAAGCCUUCAGGAAUCAAGCUAAAUCCCGAUGAGGCCAAGCCUGGAGCUCCCGAGGAUCAACAUAGCCCGUUGCCUCACCUCCACAACCUCAACUCACCCUACUAUUCGAAUCUUGAGUCGAAUGACUCCUACUUUCCGCCCGGGCACAAGUCCGAAUCGAGUCAACCCAGCCAAGACACAGUGAUUCCGCAUCAUGACGGCUCCCAUUCACCAGAUCUUACGGAAAAGCGUGCGCAACUCGCUAAUAUCGAUACCGAGUUUCCGAGACCUCAACGCUACACGACUCAAUUGAUCAACGCGCCCGCGAAGUCGUACAAGAAGACCCUUAAGCCUUUCACUGGUCGACUUGCAGCUGACAGUUGGCUUCGCGUGGCCAUUCGACCUCUCAUUCUCUUUGCAUAUCCAUCGGUGUUGUGGUCGACCGUCGUCUACAGUAUCUCAGUUGGUUGGCUGAUUGUUCUGUCGGAAUCUGUCGCCCAUGUCUACGCCAACAAAGAAACCUAUGGCUUCACGCCUCUCCAGUGUGGUCUCGUCUACCUAUCUCCAUUCAUAGGUGGAGUCCUCGGAACCGCCAUAGCAGGCAAGGGUUCCGACUUCAUCGUUCGCGCGAUGGCUCGUCGUAACGAUGGAAUCUACGAGCCAGAAUUUCGUCUUGUGAUGGCCUUACCAAUCGGCCUGGCGACAUGCAUCGGAUUGAUGGGCUUCGGCUGGUCCGCCCAGGUCGGCGAUCCCUGGAUCGUGCCCACAAUCUUCUUCGGCAUCAUCUCCUUCGGAUGCUCACUGGGAGCGACAACAGCAAUUACUUUCUGCGUGGACUCCUACCGCCAGUAUGCUGGAGAGGCAUUAGUGACGCUCAAUUUUAGCAAGAACAUUUUCCAUGGCCUGGCGUUCAGUUUGUUCUUCCCAGCAUGGCUCGAGGCAAGAGGCACGCGGGAGGUGUUCGUCAUUCUGGGCAUCAUCGAGUUGCUGUGCGUGUCGACGGCCAUUCCAAUGUACAUCUAUGGCAAAAGAGCAAGGAUGUGGACUGUGAGGAAAAAUCUGAUGGCAAAGUGGUGA